AUGGUGUUCAUGCCCACCGCCUGGUGCUCUGUCGCUCUGGCCCUGCUCGUGGCCCUGCAUGAAGGGAAGGCCACCUUAGAGCAGCCAGCAUCCUCAGCCCGUGCUCGUGGUACCCAUCUGCGGUUCCGUCGCUGCUCCUGCAGCUCCUGGCUCGACAAGGAGUGCGUCUACUUCUGCCACUUGGACAUCAUCUGGGUGAACACUCCUGGACAGACAGUUCCUUACGGCUUGGGAAACCCGCCAAGACGCCGGCGCCGCUCCCUGCCAAAGCGCUGCGAGUGCUCCAGUGCUGGGGACCCUGUCUGUACCACCUUCUGUCACCGAAGGUCCCGGACCGAAGCCGUGGUGGUCCCUGACAGCCAGUCCCUGGCAAACACAUUCCAAACUGGCAAGACGUGGUCCACUCCAGGCAAGCUCCUACAGAGGCUCAGGGACGUUUCUGCAGCCAAGAUUCGCUUUGCUGAACAACAGCGAGACGUGACAAGGGAGCCCAGGGCCACACACUCCAGGAGCAGAAAGAGAUAG